AUGCCCAAGAAACACCACAAGAAUACGUUUUCAAAACCCGUCAGCACCCCCCACCAUACCUUAGCCACUUCGAGCCCCCGCAGCAGCCAGAAUGAUCGAUUCCGUUCGCCAGCCUCGCCGAGCGGGGAACCCGAACAACCUUCAGUCAACGACCUGAUCAGCCACCUGCGCCGGACACAGGUAUCGCCAUCGUUAUCUGGUAACAGCCGCAGUGUACCCCGACACAUCGUACCUCGGUCUGUCCACCCAUCUUUGCGGAAUUUGCUCGAGCUCCCCGAAACUCCACCACCCCGUCCCCGUCCAGAUGCUCGCCGCACUACUGUCAUCGGCGGACGGCGACCGAGACGGACAGCUGGCCCGCCUCCACCUGAGAGCUGGCUUUCGGGUGAUACCAGCGCAGAAGAUGCUGAGAAAACUGAAUUGGACUCCGAUGAAACGGCGAAGGUCAUCCACCGCCUUGAGCGCCUACCGGGCAGGGAGUUUCCUGUGACGGGGAGCUUCGUGCAUACGUUGAUGAAGUCAAUGGCCAUACAUUGGGCAUGGCAUGUCGCAUACGAUGGGCAAUUCCUUGGCUUAUUGCCCACACAUAUUAAAUUAUUAUUGUUGAGCUAUGUUGGAUACUAUUCCGGGGAACAGCCUCUGGCGGGGUUGAUGCGCGGUCUCAAGCCCCUGUUCGACAACUCGGCUGCGUUUGACAACGAGGGCCAGGAUCGGAUGGCUGACGGCGAUUCAGAUGUUACGCAUCUUGAUCUCAGCGGCGCAGUAGGCCGAUGGAUUUCCUUGAAGCAGCUCUCUAUGGAACUAUUUCUUCCCAAGAAGGCGCCUUCUCAGAAAGACACCGCGGAAUCCGUCCCUUUGUCUUGGGAGGAUGAAUACGAGGAUGGGGCUGACGCCGGUCCCGGCAAUGCUAUCCCCAAGACAUUGCAGCACCUGCGUUUUGAGAACCUACAGUAUUUAUCUUUGGCACAUCCCCACCCAUCGUCAGUAAACUGGAACUCGCUUAUCAGCCUGCUCUCUCGUCUGUCAACGAUCACACACCUCUCUCUAGCACACUGGCCAGUCCCAACGGUUACACCGAAUGCUAUCAAUGCCAGCGUCAGACACCCAGCGCAUAGAUCUCUUACCUUCGCCUACGGUGGCACCGACUCGUACUCCGCAAUGGAGAACAACUGGGCCGAAUCCGCCGGUAUCCUCCGCAAACUUUCACGAGUGACCUAUUGCCUUAAGUGGUUAGACUUGGAAGGCUGCGGCGACUGGAUUCCAGCCCUCAAUUGGGAAGGUGCCGGGCCCCAGGGCGAGACAUAUUCAGCAGGCCCCGAGUGGAAUGGGUCAUGGAGAGACAUCGAAUGGAUUCGUCUUGGGCCGGGAUGGCUUCCCCAUGUCGAUGACACUGGGAAUGUCACAGAUAGCGUGGUGGGUCUUGCAUCGGAAACGAAUGCUCCCAACCCUCGAUCCCUAGCCUCUUCUGCCUAUGCCCCAACGGCAGUCGCAUCAACCGAAUCAUGGGACGUCGAUGAAGAACGUCAAAAAUACCGGAUGGCAAAGGAGCUAGAGCGGUUCCGAGAGCAAAUGCGUGCCGCGAAGGAAGUCCAGCGGCGGGUAUUGCGGACUAGGAAAAACGGGCGUGGGAAAUGGGUCCAUUUCUCCUUCGGCCUGGAGGAGUUGGCAGAUGAUGUUCGAGAGAAACUACUUGGGCCGGAGUUGAGAGAUACAUUCCUCUAG